AUGGAACCUCCUCGCCACCCCACCGUCUCCUGCCAUCCCAUCCACGGCACAACCCUACGAACCAUCCACAUAAACCGAACCUACGACCACCUCGAUACUCCGCAAUUCGCCCUCGACUUCCCGCAGGAACUCGCCGGCAAGCUCUCUCCAUCUGUGCUGAAAACCACUGUGUCGAGGAUAAACGGAUUGCUGUUGGAGGCGGGUGCGGUCAGCGGCAGCAGCUUUCUGCAGAACUGUCUGGCUUGUGCGAGCUGUUUUGUGACGGAUUUGUUUGUGAAGAGCAGGAUGGAGAAGGAUCCCGUUGAGCAGACGCUGCAAGUAAUUGCAGAUUUUGUGGAGCAGGAAAACCACAAGCAUUAUCGGUCAGCUGGUCUGCAGUUUUUGGAUCCGAGGAAAACUGGGUUGAUGCAUCUCGAAAUAUUGAUCAAGUAG